GCUGUCCCACGAUCAUAUGAUCGCAUACUGUCUUGUACUGUAAGGACGAUUUAGAGCAAAUAAUUUGUACAAAUUUUCAGUACAUUUUGUUUAUGUUAUAGUUUUUAAUCGUUAUUUAGCUUAUAUAACAAAAUGGCUCUUAGCGAUGCUGAUGUUCAAAAGCAGAUUAAGCAUAUGAUGGCGUUCAUUGAGCAAGAAGCCAAUGAAAAAGCCGAAGAAAUCGAUGCAAAAGCGGAGGAGGAAUUUAAUAUAGAGAAAGGGCGACUUGUACAACAGCAGCGUUUGAAGAUCAUGGAAUAUUAUGAGAGGAAAGAGAAACAAGUAGAGCUGCAAAAAAAAAUAAUUCAGUCAUCGAACAUGCUGAACCAGGCACGGCUGAAGGCCUUGAAAGUUCGUGAAGAUCAUGUUCGAAAUGUGCUAGAAGAAGCUAGACGUCGGUUGGGUGAGGUGACGAGAAAUCCCAGUAAAUAUACCGAGAUCCUGAAGUUACUCAUUCUACAAGGUUUGCUGCAGUUGUUGGAGGCAAAUGUGACACUACGUGUCCGAGAAGUUGACCAGUCGAUAGUAGAGGGCCUGCUGCAAGUUGUGGCAAAAGAGUACAAAGAUAAUACAGGCAAAGACGUGACUGUGAAGAUGGACUCGGAAUCAUUUCUCCCUCCCGACACAACAGGAGGAAUAGAACUGCAGGGGCAAAAAGGUCGCAUCAAGAUCGCCAAUACUUUGGAAGCCCGCCUCGAUCUUAUCGCUCAGCAGCUCGUACCAGAGAUACGAGGUGCACUGUUUGGACGCAAUCCUAAUCGCAAGUUUGCCGACUAGAUGCCAGAUGCCACAUUCUAGUGAUAGCUGCAUUCCAUCUGUAUUGUUCAUGGGGUGGGAAUUUAUAGAGGAAGGGAGACAUGAAGAAACCUCUUCAUUGCAUUAUAUUGGUAUUACAGACAACAACAAUAUUACCCAUCAACAUGCACCCUUUCUCAGAGCACCACCUUAUAAACAGAAAUUUUUGUUGUCAUUUAGUAUUAUAGUGUAAGACUUGA